UACAACAGACAUUGAAAAGAUGUACAGACAAGUGCUAGUCGACAAAAGAGAUCGCAAAUAUCAACUAAUCGUAUGGAGAAACACUCCAGACAAGGAACUCGAACAUUACAUGUUGAAUACGUUAACAUAUGGUACGACGUGUGCCCCAUAUCUUGCUACAAGAUGUCUGAAAAGGCUAGCAGAUACGAACAUACAAAGAUAUCCAUUGGGGGCGAUGGUAUUGCAAAAGAAUUUUUACGUUGACGAUUGCAUGUGCGGGUCUGACAGUUUAACAACGGCAAUUGAGAUGCAGAAACAAGUUAAUAUGUUACUACUGGAAGCUGGAUUUAGACUACGAAAAUGGUGUGCUAACCACUUAAAACUGCUGCAUGGAAUUCCUCCAGAAGAUAGAGAAGUAGAUCUCAAUUUUGACAAAUCAUCAACCAAGGUUUUGGGAUUAACAUGGAUUCCUCAAGCAGACCGAUUUUGUUUGAAGAGUGAUGUGAACGAAUGCACCAAGGUCACCAAGCGGAAGGUCACAUCUGAUUUGGCAAGAUUGUUUGACCCCUUAGGAAUUGCGGGUCCUGUGGUGUCAGCAGCUAAGAUCUUUAUUCAGCAACUGUGGAAGAAUAAACUUGGCUGGGACGAGGAACUGCCAGCAGAAAGGGCAGCAUAUUGGCUAUCGUUCCGAGGAGGUCUGAAGAUGUUAAAUGAUUUCAGGUUACCCAGACACAUGUUUGAUGGAGAGAAACCAACAAAAAUUGAGAUACAUACUUUCGUGGACGCGUCAGAAAAGGCAUAUGGUGCUGUGGUGUAUCUUCGAGCUAUGCUGCCAGACGGCAGGCAUAUAGUCAGACUUCUUUGUUCAAAAUCAAAAAUAGCACCAAUAAAGGAGAUCACGCUGCCACGGUUAGAGCUUUGUGCCGCUGAAUUGGGAACAAAACUUACUGCUAAGGUCAAAGCCGAAUUGGGUUACGAAGAUCUAAGGACUAUUUAUUGGUCAGACUCAGAGAUUACAUUGUACUGGAUCAAUUCAGAACCAUCAGCUCUAAAGACGUUCGUUGCCAACAAAGUAAAAAAUAUACAAGCAACAUUUGUUGGAUCUUCUAAAAAAUCAGACAUCUAUUAUUGAUUCAACAAUCAACAUAAUUAGAAAGGACGAAGAUACGAGCCAAAGGAACUUCGGCAACAUGCAAGUGGAAUUGAACCUUUUGGCAAAUAAGGUGAAGAAAGAAGAAGAUGUUGUAAAGACAACACAAUCAAUUAUGUUUCUCACUUCACAGCUCAUGCUACUUUCGUCAAGGUUGAAACAUAUAGAAGAUAACUUAAUCGACGUUUUAACGGAUGCUCAUCAUGGUCGGAUAAGUCCGUUGCUACUUACGCCACAUCAAUUGCUACAAGAGCUCCAAACCAUCAAGGCUCACAUUCCUCCAUCUCGUGCUCUACCCGUUCGCGAAGAUAAUGUUUCGGAUUUCUUCAAAUUAAUGAAGAGUAAGGGAAGGGUUAUUAAGAACCAUAUCAUAUUCGAGAUUCGCCUUCCAUUAGUGGAUCUCCAGCAGUAUGAUUUAUUCAAAAUGAUCCCCGUACCUAUGCUACGAUCCGGUCGAUUUAUUUCAAUAGCUUUGAAAUCAACAUUAUUGGCAGCUAACGUCCAUCGGGAUGAGUUCAUAUCGCUAACCGCAGAAGAAAUGAACAGCUGCAUACAUACCACAAAUGACGUUUUUAUUUGCGACAACCAAGCGAAAUUUAGCAAAGGCGAUCGAUCACAUUUAUGCGAGGUGAUUUUCUUAUUGAACAAAUCGUCAGAAGCGUGCGACUUGCAAUCGACCAUGCACCACCAAACUUGGAGACAAAUGGAACAAAAGAAUAAAUGGAUGUUUACUCUAGCCAAUUUAACAGAAUUGUCCUUUGUUUGUGGUACAAAAAUGACACACCUGGAGGUGCAAGGAGCUGGAACUUUAGAAAUUGGGCCAGGCUGCAUUUUCAAAGACAACACAUUUACAAUAUACGGUCACUACGAAAACAAAACAACAGUGCACACAUCAUAUCUGAGACUUAAGCCACUGGAUUCCAUAAUCUCAAGCAGUAAGCUUGUCUUGCUCAACAAAACAUUAAACAGCACCUAUGAAACACAUGCUGCUGAACUCGUCACCUUACACCAACAGCUAAAAACUAUUGAAAUCGGACGCCUUCCACAAUUAAUGAAAUCGACGGCCAUUCACCAUCAUACCAUCAGCUAUCUAGCUCUUUGCAUUGGAAUUGGAGUAGCCAUAUACGUCAUUGUCAAGUUUCGCCACCACAGAACUUCCAACAAUAACAUGAACCCAACACCUACCCCUCGGCAGUCAGUCUCAUCAUCAUACGUCAUUGACCAGACAGUUUCUUGAACGUUCCUCGUUCAACGUGGGGGAGAAUGUUCAAAAGAACAUAUUUUACUAACACAUUUUUUAAUUUUGUUUUUAUUAUUAUUUUAUUCUAUGUCAGCAUAUAACUGACCUAUAUAAUUAUUGUUUGCCUUAUGCAGGCCAAUAGCCUAAAUAAAGAAACACCUCGAUUGGUUUCACAUUGCAUGGGUUAUUGGCUGAAGUAAUUUAUUGCUUAGUUAACUUUAAAUGCUAGUUUUAAUGAAUUCAAAAAUGUAUAAAUAGAAAGCAAAAAUAAAUAUUCUUGGUAGAUUACAAGAAAUUGUAAACAUACCAAGGUUACACAAUUCAA